CGAUACUUACGUUCUUUAGUAGUCAUUUUGCAUUUCGAACUAUUCAAUCGAGGUGUAUUUAGUUUUUUUUGUGAGUACCCACUGUUGUUUGUUUGUUUAACUUACUAAAGUUCUGAGAUUUUACAAUUACUUUAAUUCAUUAUCGAAAUAAAUUGCUUGACGUCACUAAUUAUUGGACUUACCCAAAAAAUAUAACAUUUUACUUUUAAUUACUCAUAUAUUUAUUCCGAAUAGUAUAAUGGCUUCAGCUAUAAAUAGAGUUGGUUUUCGGUUUACUGGUAAAAGUCGUGGUACAACAAAAUUAUGGAAUACUUUUGGGUGGAUUAGAAGUACACAAGUAUCUAAAAAUUAUUUUACAUAUAGCCCUCAAGUGUCUCAAGUAUUAGAUCGAGAACCUAAGUGGGUUUCAGCUGAUGAAGCUGUCCAAUGUAUCAAGUCUGGUGAUACUGUUUUUGUUGGAGGGGCAGCUUCAACACCAAUAGAAGUUUUACGCAGUAUGGCUGAUUAUGGAAAACAAAAAAAAUUAAAAAAUGUUCGUGUAUGUAGUAUGCAUACAGAAUUUGAAUCUCCUUACUCAGAACCUGAAUGUGAAGGAAUCUUUAGACCAACAGCUUUUUUUAUUAGUGCCAAUCUUAGAAAAUGCAUAAAUGAAGGUCGUGGAGAUGCUAUUCCAUUGAUGUUACAUGAUAUACCAUAUUUAUUUGAACGUAAACUCAUUCCUGUUGAUGUGUCAAUAAUAACAGUUUCUCCACCAGAUAAUCAUGGUUUUUGCAGUCUUGGAACUAGUGUAGAUUGUAUACGGUCUGCUUUAAGUCAUUCUAAAGUUAUAAUAGCUCAAGUUAACAAAUAUAUGCCACGUACAUUUGGUGAAGCUAUUAUUCAUCAGUCACACAUAGAUUUUGCAGUUAAACAUGACCGUGAAUUACCAUCUCAUGGUGAUAAAGAACCGACUCCUACGGAAUCAGCCAUUGGAAAACAUAUUGCUGAAAAUCUAGUUGAAGAUGGAGCUACUUUACAAAUGGGUAUUGGUGCUAUUCCAGAUGCUACACUCAGCUGUCUCAAAGAUCAUAAAGACUUAGGGAUUCAUUCAGAAAUGUUUAGUAUUGGUGUUAUAGAUCUAGUUAGAUCUGGAGUAGUAACGAAUCAAAAUAAAAAAUUAGACCGUGGACUUAUUGUUUCAAGCUUUUUAGUAGGAAAUAAAAAGUUAUAUGAUUUUGUGGAUAACAAUCCAUUAAUUUGUAUGAGACAAGUAUCAUAUACAAAUAAUGUGCAUGUGAUAUCACAACAACCUAAAAUGACAGCAAUUAACUCUUGUAUUGAAGUUGACUUGACUGGACAAGUUGUAUCAGGAUCUAUUGGGAAAAGAUUAUACUCGGGAUAUGGAGGUCAAGUUGAUUUUAUUAGAGGAUCUGCUGAAGGUUUUGAUGGUAAAGGAAAGCCGAUUAUUGCUCUUGGCUCUACUAACCCAAAAACUAAAGAUGAACGAGGUGUCCCAUCUAGUAAAAUUGUUCCACUUAUUAAAGAAGGUGCUACUGUUGUAACAACUAGUGCACAUGUUCAUUAUGUUGUAACUGAAUUUGGAGUUGCUUCGUUGUUUGGAAAAAGUCUGAGGCAACGAGCUCAUGCACUAAUAAAUAUUGCUCACCCUGAACACAGGGAAUGGUUAGAAAAAGCAGCAUUUGAACGUUUAAAAACAAUGCCUUGUGCAUAAUCAACUAAUGUUAAAAAUAUGGUUUUUGUGCCUGUAAGAAUUUGUUAAUUUUUUUAGAGGCAACUUUUAAAUUUUUAUCUUGUAAAA